AUGUUGCUUGGGAUAUACCUCUUGCUCUUAUCACCGGUGCUCGUCUCAGCCGGUCUAGAGGAGUACGAUGAACCAUUCAUUCUUCAAUUUAUCAAUAGAUCACAGACUCUUGAUCUCAGUUCAAAAUGCAAACAAAGUCUGGCUUUGGUAUACGACUAUCUGAAUGACAUCGAAACUCUAACGGACCAGAAAAUAUGUUACUUCGAAUCCUUUGCAACUGGACCAAAUGACUUGUUCCUUUCAAGGGAUCAGGACCGAUGGGUCUAUAAAGGUUACGAAUGCCUCCUAUCAGCUGGAGAAACUGUCUACUCAAAAUCAGAGCAUCCAAUGCAUUAUUGUUAUACUCAUGAUGAUGACAAAGACAAAAGAGUUCCAGCAUUUUCAGUAUGUAUUCCAUCUCCAUGUGCUGAUGAAAAUCAGAAACUUUUGGAAGAAUGGAGACGGAUAACUCACCCAGAAGCCACUGAACCAAUCACUUUCACUGCUUGUACAAGAUCAAGACACGAGAAACAAUGGUUUGAACUUCCAAUUCCAAUUGCUGAUUUUGGAUUCAAUAUGGGAUUGGCAAUGCUUGUUGUAAUGGCAACAAUCUUCCAUAAUAUGCGAGGAGAAGAUGCAAAAACGUGGUCAGCCAGAAUUCUUCUCGCAUUCUCUGCGAAGACGAAUUUCAAAAAGUUGAUUGCUCUUCCAAAAGAUCCACAAAGUUGUAUUACUUGUCUUCUUGGACUUCGAUUCGGUUCAAUGGUUUGGACUCUCAUCGGACAUUCAUUCAUUUUUGUUCAAGCUUAUAUGGAAAAUGUAGAAGAAUUCAAAGUGUCGAUGGUCGAUAACUUCUUCAAUCAAUGGAUUACAAACUUCACACUCUCCGUUGAUGUUUUCUUGACUCUUGGAGGAACUGUACUUUCUUACAGUUGGUUCCGGAAAUGGCUAAAAAACACUUCAGAAGAAGAACCAACAUGGACGUCCUGGGGAUACUGGCUUCGAUUCUACCGUCACCGUGUCGUUCGUCUCUAUCCGGCGUACUUAUACACUCUUCUUGCUGUAACUCUUCGUAUCUCUGUAACCCAUUUCCAUCCAAUGUGGCCUCCAACUGAUCCGGCUAUUCAAUGUCCAAAAUACUGGUGGCAGAAUGUCCUUUUCGUGAAUAGUAUCAUGGAUAAUCAAUGUAUGCCAUGGACUUGGUAUAUUGGAACUGAAUUCAUUUAUUAUUUACUCUCUCCAAUCUUCCUUCUCUCCCUCAGAAAAGCUCCAAAAGUUGGAUUCAUUCUCUGCUUCGUCGUCAUCAUGCUCUCCGCUGGAUUGAAUGUCGAAUCCAUCGUUCGCAACAACUUCCCACCAACUCAAUUCCUCUGGAAACAACCAGAAAUCUUCAAUCCAAAUUUCAUUCAACAUCAUUUGGAACUUUAUAUUAAGCCACAAUAUCGUAUUGGUCCAUAUCUGAUUGGAAUUCUUCUCGGUUAUCAAUUGGCUAGAUAUCAAAGAAUUCCAGUUAAACCACAACAAAGCAGCAGAUAUAUCAUCACCAUGUGGUCCAUCGCCCUAUUCGGAAUCUUCUUCGGACUCUACGGUCUCUAUCCAGCUCUCCAAGGAUGGGAUUCAAUUGCCUGGAGAGCAUAUCACUUGCUCUACGGAGCACUUCAUCGUGACGUCUUCUCAAUCGGAGUUGCAUUUUUAAUCUACAUUUGUCAUACUGGAAUCGGUGGUCCAGUCAAUGUAUUCCUCUCGUCAAACUUCUUCCUUCCACUGGCCAAUUUGAGUUUCUCGGCCUACUUGUUCCACAUGAUCCCAGUUGUUUUGACCUAUAUGCUCGUUCCAUUCCCAAUCUACUUCAAUACUCAAAUUCCUUUAUUCAUCCACUGCUUUGUUCAACUCGUCAUCACAUACUUCUUCGCCAUUAUAUGUACAAUGGUCAGUGAGCUUCCAGCUCUGAAUAUCGAACGAUUACUGCUUGCGACUCCACAAAAAACAACACUGAAACCAAUCCCACCAACGGAUUCUGAACUUCAAUUGAAGACUUCUGAGAAGGCGUGA